UGCUUUUCCCAGCACUGCUGAGAUAAGCUGGUGCCCUCCCCUAUAAAGGCAGCCACGAGCGGAGUGAGGUGCAUGAGCGUGUGCACCUGAACAGACCAUGCCUGCGAGGGAGCUGGUGGUGAUGGCAACGGCACUGGUGACUCUCAUCACUGCUGGUGGUCUCUGCUCUGUUUCAGGGGCAGAGCUGAACGAAGGGAAUGGACUGAGAAGGCCGGUGUGUGGAGACAUGGUUGAGCUGCAGGCCUGCCCCCUCCUGCACUUGCCUGUCUGUGGGACUGACGGGAACACCUACGCCAAUGAAUGCCAGCUCUGUGUGCAGAAAAUGAAAACCAGGCAAGACAUUCGGAUUUUGAAGGACGGGGAGUGUCAAAAUAUCUGAGCUUUCUGGUAGCUUUCCUGAGCUUAGCAACAGGUGAUUAAUUGAUCCUGUGUGCUCUUUCCUGAUUGCACAUUUAAGUUAGUGAAGGUGAAUAAUAAAAUGACAUGCACAAUCUUA